GAAAAAGAAAGAAAUUAAAAUUGGAAGCCCCAGUGCCUGAGCCUAUCUCUUUGGCGUAUAUGAAAGCCUUGCUCUCCCUUAAAGCAUCCCACAAUAUCUCGUGCGGACAGCACGCACAGCAGAGACCCAUCAUUCUGUAGAUCAUCUAUUUUCUACAUUCUAAGGUUUGUUUGCUCUACAAACAUGUCCCAAUACCAGGGGGAUGAAAUGGAUUACAUGGCGGAUGAUUUCGAGAUGGCAGAAGUGGAUGAUGAUGUGUAUUUCCGGGGUAGAUUCAUGGGUGAUUCAGAGUCUGAUGACGAUGACGACGAAUAUGAUCAUUUGGACAAUAAGAUUACAGAUACAUCUGCAGCAGAUGCUAGGAGAGGAAAGGAUAUCCAGGGAAUUCCUUGGGAGAGACUGAGCAUUUCCCGUGAGAAGUACAGACAGACUAGGCUAGAGCAAUACAAGAACUACGAAAACAUCCCUCAAUCAGGAGAAGGUUCAGAAAAGGAAUGCAAACCAACAAAGAAAGGGGGAGUGUAUUAUGAUUUUUGGCGUAAUACAAGAUCAGUGACAUCAACUAUCCUUCAUUUUCAAUUGCGGAACUUGGUUUGGUCAACCACAAAACAUGAUGUCUACCUUAUGUCACAUUUCUCCAUUGUUCACUGGUCAUCUUUAAAUUGCAAGAAGAUUGAAGUUCUUAAUGUUUCCGGGCAUGUGGCACCAUGCGAGAAACACCCUGGGAGCCUCUUGGAAGGAUUUACUCAAACUCAAGUUAGUACACUGGCAGUACGUGAUAAGUUGUUGAUUGCUGGAGGGUUCCAGGGAGAACUUAUUUGUAAGCAUUUAGAUCGACCAGGAAUUAGCUUCUGUUACAGGACAACUUAUGAGGAUAAUGCAAUCACAAAUGCAGUUGAGAUUUAUGAUUAUGCCAGUGGUGCAGUUCAUUUCAUGGCUUCAAAUAAUGACUCUGGAGUUAGAGAUUUUGACAUGGAGAAAUUCCAGCUUACCAAGCAUUUUAGCUUCCCUUGGCCAGUGAAUCACACCUCAUUGAGUCCUGAUGGUAAGCUUCUUACUAUUGUUGGUGACAACCCAGAAGGAUUACUAGUAGAUUCUCAAACAGGAAAGACCAUUACGCCUUUGUGUGGACAUUUGGAUUUCUCAUUUGCAUCUGCUUGGCAUCCUGAUGGCCGCAUCUUCGCCACUGGGAAUCAAGACAAGACAUGUCGUAUUUGGGAUGCUAGAAACUUGUCAAAAUCUGUAGCUGUGCUCAAGGGCAACUUAGGAGCCAUUAGAUCAAUUCGGUUUACAUCUGAUGGGCAAUUCAUGGCUAUGGCAGAGCCAGCUGAUUUUGUGCAUGUCUAUGAUGUAAAGAAUGGAUUUGACAAAGAGCAGGAGAUUGAUUUUUUUGGGGAAAUCUCUGGUGUGUCUUUUAGCCCUGAUACAGAAUCCCUCUUCAUAGGAGUGUGGGAUCGUACCUAUGGAAGCCUCCUUCAGUAUAACCGAUGCAGGAAUUAUGCAUAUCUCGACGUCUUUCUGUGAUUUAACACGUAUAUCUAGUUGUGAGUUUGCGCUGGCAAUUUGCAUGCAUGUCCUAUGAAUGUGAGGAUGUUGGAUCCAACAUUAUUGUAAGUGAACGAAGGUGACAUACCUCAUGUUACGUUCAGUAGAAGAGGGGCUGAGAAAGAGAAUGCAAUUUCAGUUGUUUCCUGUUAUGGUGCAUGUUUGAAUAAUGCUGGCGGUAGGAGGGAAGGAACUUGGAAGGCUGGACAUGGGGUGUAAGUUUUAGUCAGGCUUGUAAAAUAAUGGAUAGAAUGUAGGGAGGCUUGGGAGUGUAUUUGGUUAGGAGAACUGAUCACAGCAUAACUAAGACUCGGGGUCAUUAAUGUUAAUAACAUCCCCCCUUUUCCCAUCUUUUGUCUUCCCCCCCUUACCCACCAAAACUUUUUCUUCUCUCAAUCAUGAGGCAGAAUGAAAAUGUGUUGCUUGCUGUUGAA